AAGCCUUAUGUAAAAAUCACGUUGGCAAAAACGUGACACGAGACGGGUGAGGUAAGACGUGCGCGCACCUUUAAAGGCCGACCACUGUGGAUGUUGCCGUCUUAGUGUCACCGAGCAUUUUCUAAUCGAUCGUCUCUCUCUCCUCUCUCCGCACUGCAUCACGGGGGAAUUCUCCUCCUGUCUAUGCCCCUCCAUCUCCUUGCCUCAUUCCGCGAGUGGUUUCUCCCAUGAACGUAUGGCUGUGCUCUCGCCAAUCUAGAGGCAUAAUGGUCAUAGUAUAAAAGGGAAACAACCCCACAAGGGUUAGUGCAUGCCGAGCUGCUGUGGCCGUGUGUGUUAUUUCCCGCGACGUCUGACUUGAUUUGUCGAGCUAUCCGACUAAGAUCCAGAGAGAAACACGGUAACGCCUGUAGAAUUCUGUACACUAUGGAAUUGACGGCGUCCCGGAUGAUAUUGGCCGCGUUACCAGUCGUGGCAAUGUGCCUUGUGGGAGGCGUCCCGACAGCGUCCGACGCGCAGAGGAUAGUCUCCUUCCCGUCCGCGGCCGGAUAUGAGACCAUCAGCAGAGACCGAGCGCGGGACCAGUUCCCCAGGAGGGAAGAACUACUGCAGGCGUUGGAUUUCCUGGAGUCGUACGAGCGAGGUAUACAACAGAACGACUGGAACAGAGACCAAGACGUCGGCGGUGGUCUUUUAUACGGAGACGAAGCGGACAAUACCCUAGACAUUCCACCUUGGUUGGCCAGCUACCUGCUCCGGGAAGCACAGGGGAACCAAGAGGACUAUCCACCACAAGAGGAGGAACCUGAAGAUUUGUCCUUGGACCUGGACGACCAGGAGCUCCUAGAGGCGCUCCUGGAGGAGGAGGAAGAAGAAGAAGAAGAGGCAGCAGAAGAAGAGGCAGUGGAGGAGGCCUACGAGGAGGCGAUGGAGCGUGAAGAACAGGAAGCGAUCGCGGACAUUGUGGAGCAGGAGAUGGAGGACGUGGCGGCCAAUGACAUCCUGGAUGACAUCUGGGCACAGGAGGUCCUCCAGGAAGAUGCCGAGAAGAAUCUGAAAUGGCUGCUGGUUGAGGAGGAGGAGAGGUUGCAAAGGGAGGAAGAACAGUCGGAAGAAGAAGAAGACCCAUUCGAGUCUGAGUUCUUCUCCUCGGAGGCGGAGAACUACCCAGCUGCCGAGCCAGACGACCAGUCGGCUUCGGAGAACUUCGGCGAGGGUUUUACGGACUACGGGGCCGAGUAUUCGAUGGUGGGCGGCUCGGAAGAGGCAGGGGACUUCGUUGGAGAAUCCCUGGAUGAUGAGGAGAAAGAAGAACUGCUGGAAGAGGCAGCUGAGAUCUUGGAGCUUCAAGAAAUGGAAGAUGAAGAGGAGGAGAGAAGAAAGGCGAUCAGGGCAAGGCGCAUCUUAGAAAGUGUGAUCGGGUCUCUUGCGAAAGAGGCGAUUCAGGAGGAGAUGCAGGAAGAAGGUGAGGCUGCAGAAGACGAUGAAGGAGAGUUUGAGGAAGAUGAGGACAUCCAGACGUCUUCAGUACUGGAUGCAGGGAUGGGAGAUGGGGGAUCGGAAGAGGAUGUCGAGCAGGAAGUGUACAAUGAGCUGGUGGAAUUCCUAGAAAAUGAGAUCGACCAGGCGAUCGAAGACGUUGCGGACGACAUCCUUCAAGAAAUAGACGAGGAGGCGGAGAAGGAGGCAGAGGGGGUGAUAGAAGGGGAGGGGGUAGAGUCAACAGACGAGGAGGGGGAUGGAUACUUCGAGGGUGCGGCUAACACGGAGGAGGGCAGCCAGGAAGUGACGUCAGAGGGGUCAGAAGAUGGAGAUGAGUGCUCGUCACUGCAAUAUUUUAUCGAUGACUGUAACAUAGUUAAUAACUACGGCGACCUGGGCGAGGAUGGAUAUAUGGAUCUAUUCGCCGGUGCCUGCAAUCGCCAUCAGCUAUGCUAUGCUUGCGGCGAGUAUUACGACGUGGGCAGCACGCUGUGUGACGAGCUUUACAAAGCUGAGAUGUUGGCCCGCUGCGAUGAAGACGACACGGGCUGCCGACAGCGCGCCAAAUACUUCUGGCUAGUGGCGCGAAACAACAGAAUCCCAGAUAUCGAGUCCCCACCCAUCUGUGCCGACCCUUGCAUACUCAAUUACAUGGUAGAAGUUUAAGGCUUAGGUAUGUCGUGUGAUGGUGUCGAAUUGGUAUGGUUCCUCUUGAGUGUCGCCCCAAGCCCAGCCGCGUGCUGAAAGGGUUCACUGGAGAUGAGUGAACACAACCAAACAAACAGGAGACAAGAAACCACGACAAAUUAUGCAUACAAAUAAUGUUGUCGUAUAUCAAUUUACUAAGCAUUUUUGUUUUGUAAAUGACCCAUCGAGUAUGCUGGUUGUAUUUUUUUUCGGUUUUAAAUUGGAAAAGACAAGAGUCGUUCCAAGAACGACAAAUGUGCUGUGUGGAUAUGGACAGAAGCGGAUGUAUAGAUUGUUUGAAAUUGUUCGGUGUCUAUAUCUAUUUUUUCAAAAUUGGAAGACGGGAAGUUGUACAUUGCUGAACAAAGGAGGGCGGGCUUUCUUGCGGAAGACCGCGUUUCACAAGAGGGCGCUUUCAGAUUUAGUAAUUUUUUGGAAGGUGAAUGUCACAUGACGUCUAACUCUUAGUAUUAAUUGUCAGCUAAUAAAGAACAUACAUUAUGUAUACAUGUUACGGAGUUCCCCAAAAGUAAAUGUCGUAUUCCGUGAAAUGUUCGCAAUGCACCCAAGCUAUUUAUCCAGGGGAAAUACUAAGGAGGUUAGUAGAUUAUAUACAUUCCAUUUCCACGAAUUUUUUUUAAGGUUAAUUUAAGUGCAGUCCUAUGUAUUGGAAGAUAACAUAUCAAAUUUGUUCAGUUAUUUAAUAGUCAAAAUGUAGAAACCCUCAAACGUGAUGUUCAAUGUGCAAUGUUAUGAAUAUUUAUGAAUGCUAAAGUUCGUGCAAUAUCAUGUGGAAGACGGUUCAAAUAAUGUUGUUUUUAAACACUGGUGAACAUUUUGAUAAUGUCUUUUUACAAUAUGUCACCUGCUUGCCACUUCGCUAUUUAUUUUUGUCUUUCGAAAUUUUGUCCUGUGGCAGCUAUCGUUUAUGCACAUCAGCAAGGCAUCACGCUUAUUGAACAUGUUUAUGAUAAAUCGCCGUUUUGAUGUCAAGAAAAGAAGAUGAUUAUCUUCGACAUGUACUUAAGGCGUCAUUUGUUCGUAAAUUAUUUGUUUCCGUGUGGAUCCUGCCUGAUUUAUUCUCAUUGUUUAACAAAUUAAUUGGCAUGAUAGUAGAUAAUCAUUAUGUAUUGUAGAUGUAAGAAUUGUCAUAAAGUUUGUAUUAAACAGAGCUAAUAUUUACAUUUAUUAAGCCUUAGAGCAACAAUCAUACAGUUUAUGCAUAUUUAUUAUUUUUUGAGAAAAAAUAAUUUUUGACAAAUGUAUCGUUCAUCUAAAACGAAAUGGUAUCAAAAGUAUGCUUAUACAACAACAAUUAUGACAUAAAUACACAAAAAAACUCUAAACAACAGAGUGUUGAUUAAAUAAUCCGCCAUAACUUCCACAAUCAUGGUAAAUAAGUACAACUAAAAACAGAGUCACUGAAGGUACAGUUUUGAGGGGAAAGUAAGAUAGCUUCAUUUUAUACGAUUAUUCAAUCAUCUCAAUUCUAUAAUUAUUGACGAUGAAUAUAUGCAUGUUCUCAGUUUCAUCUGUGUGCGCCUAUGAGAACGCACUAACUAUCCAAUGGUACAUUUAGUUUUUGCUUAAACCGAUUUUUUUUGUUCAUGGUCAUUGUAAGGCAAAAUAUCACUUGUCAUUUUUGUAACAUGUGCGUUAUUCAUUUUUGAAUAACCCCAGAACAUAGACCAACCCUAAACUUCUACAGUCGUGCUAAUUUGGAGAUUUGCCUUUUUGCAGCGCUAGCUAGUUUGCCCUAUAGUAUACUAAGACUAUUGCGGCCAUCGGGAUUUUUCCCAUUUAAAUCAACGUAACCCAAUUGUCUAUUGGACACAUGCACCACCAGAAUUUUUUAAUUUUUCAUUCAGGGGAAAGAGAUACCGCGAGAUUUCAUAGCCUGUGUUCACUGGCUUUUUUACGAUUAAAAACUGUUGAAAAGAAGCUUGAGGUCCGACAGAAAACACAUUGCGUCUGUAGUCCGCCCAUGGAGUACAUGCUGCACUGUUACUGCCUCAGUGUACUUACUGGAAUGGCUGACGAUGCGCGCGCAUUGAGGGUGCACUGAACUAAUUCAGGACCCAUUGAAAACAGUGUACAGUUCAGGGCUAAAUAACAUGCAAGCCGACAUCACUGGGGUAUCUCAAACAAAAUGAACUUAUUGUCUUGUCCUCCAUCUUUUUUUUCUUCUUUUUUUUCAAUUUUGGGUAGAAUAGCCUAUUACAUUUUUAAAUUUUCACACCAAAACAGAAUCACCUUCCAAAAUGUGAGUACCCAAGCCUGCAUGUAGCCAUUUUACAAGUGGCAUCCUUCCACUUUAUCAGGCAAAUCGGACCCAUUUUUCAACCGUAAUUUCAUCAAGCCUGCCCUCAAAUGGAAGCCCCAAAACAAGGGAGUUGGUCCUUGGCUAUAUUUACACCAUUGCAUUGUUCAAAAGCCAAACGGUCUCCAUUUUCAAAAGAGGUUGUGAGGCCCUACUAACGAGCUUGCGUAGAAGUUCUCACUUGAAUUAGUGCACUGCACCCUUGAAGCAGCCGCAGCCAUCUUGGCUUAACCAUGACGCAUGCGCAGUAUGGUGGCUGAUUGGUGGCGUCAAGGUACAUUAUUCAAUUUAAUUCAAACUCAGUUCAUAUGUAGCCGACAGUCCUGUUAGUAUAGAGAGGUCAGUGUGCACUAAGUGAAUACUGUGUGUUGUACAAUCAAAUUUUUAGACUUGACACGGCUUGACAUUCCGGGCAUUUUGUGAGAAUUAAUAAUGCAAUACUUGCACCGACUGUUUAUUUCAAGUUUUUAACCAUGCGGCUGUGGAGAGAUGUGUAUGCUUAAUAUUGAUAUAAUGUUAAAGAACCAAAAUGUGCAAACUUUGUUAUCGCAAUAAUAAUAAAAAAGAAUAAAAACUUCUUAUCCCUCUUAA